AUGCCCAUGGUCCCAAAUCAUCUCGCCAUGGGAUCUGAAAAUGGCUCAAACAGGGACCUCAAGCAUCGGACGUUCUUAGGAAGACUUAGGUCUUUUGAAGGAAUCCAAGUAUGCGCCACCGUGGCUUCUAUUGUGCUGGGGCUGAACUUCACCUUGGCAAUAAUUGCAUUUAGCAUUGGCUAUUCGAAGUCGAGUGAGGGUGGGUUUUUGACUGUCCCGCUGUAUGUGGGUAGCUGUUCGACGACAAGGAAUUGGUCAAUCGGACUGCACUUGUUGAUCAAUGGACUGGGGACACUUAUUCUGUCCACGAGCAACUAUUGUGCGCAGUUUCUAGCUGCACCCACGAGAAAGGAUAUUGAUAAAGCGCAUGCACGUGGAUCCUGGCUCGAUAUUGGAGUACCUAGUCUCCGAAAUAUCUUCACCUUAGAAGCAAGAAAACAGAUCAUAUGGGCUCUCUUAAUGGUUUCUACGAUUCCCAUUCAUGCCUUCUAUAACUCCGUACUUCUAAGUUCCCAAAGCUCGAAUGAAUACAGCGUCCUUGUCGUGCCAUCAGAUUACACGAGCAGUCGGCCGCUGAAUCUUCCUCAUUCCUCCGAAUGCUUUCAAUCCCGUAUGCAUCAAUCACUAGCCGACUUCAACUUGGAUAUUGCAGAAGGCAAAUUUGAUAUCCUGUCAAAAGAACAAUGCCUGAACACAUUCGCUGUGAGCUACCUCCACGGCCACCGGUCCGUGGCUGUCUUGUCAAAGGAUCUGACCUGGGACCUCAAAGACCCCGUCAAAUUUGCGGCGAAUGCAAACUCCCCAGCAGACUAUGAAUCAGUCGAGGCACGGAGCCCAUUUUCUUGGAUGUGCCCCUCCCGUGACGACUCUGUGUGCACCUCAUCAACAAUCCAGAAGCAAAUGCCUGAUUGGAAGAUCCUGGCAUCUGUUUUGGAGGAACCAACAUGGGCCGUCACUGCACCUUUGGACAAUGGCUUGAUGACAUAUACCCAAGAGAACUACACAAGUUGCAGUAACGAGACCUCGUCGUGCUUGAACAUGUUCUCUUUGGCUCAGUUCCUCUGGGGAACCACCAUCGCCCCGCCCGGUGGAAUCCUACCUGUCACAACGCAAGAUCUUCAACAAUACCUUGGAUCCAGUUCUGUGUGGGGGGGCAAGAUGACUUGGGCAGAAGAGGUAACCUAUCAGCGAUCAGGCUCACAGUGCUCCAGAUAUCAAAUCUUGAAUUCGCCCAAUACCGUUGGUUACUUUGACUAUCCCUCAAUUGGACUUUACACUGUUGAUGGGUGUAUAAGUAUCAAAGGCGAGGAAAAAUGUCAGCUCCUUUUCAGCCCGACAUUUUCCCUUGUGGUGCUUGUGUGUACCGCGGUCAAAGUUGCUUGUAUUGUGUUUGUCGCUCGCCGAGAGCGAGCUCACCGGCUUUUGACCGUUGGUGAUGCAAUCUCAUCCUUCCUCUCAAACCCGGAUCCGUUUACUACCGGGUGCUGCACAUCAUCAAAAUCCGAUUGGAUCAGACGCUCCCGACUGGAUGGGGCAGCUAAACAUAGAUAUAAGGGGGUCGCUCCGCAGAGGUUAAACACUCGUACACGCCGAUGGUGGCAAGCUGCUGCUACCAGGCAAUGGGCUUUUACGCUCGGUCUGUCUUUAUCAUGUCUUGGUGUGGCAGGAUUUCUCCUCCAUCUUGGUUUGCAAGACACUAGGCUAGGUUCCGUCGGUGGGACGAAUUGGUCUUCUCUCUGGAGUCUUGGACUAGGCUCCGCUAGUCCCUACACAUUGAUAUAUCGCUUGCACACUACCUUACUUGGCAAUGUUCUUCUGGCCAAUACCCCACAGCUGCUUCUUUCCGUCUCAUACUACUUUUACAAUGCUACCUUGACUGCAAUGCUCAUGGCAAACGAAUAUGAGAAUUAUGCGAUUAAGGGGAUGCGCCACGUUUCCACGGUUGAAACACUACAGAUUCAGCCGGCAAAGGGACUUCGCGUGUCGAGUAAUCGGAGGGGUGCUCAGCGCUCAUUUUAUUUCCUCAGUCUUCCAUUCCGCUACAGUGUCCCACUCAUGUUAACAUACACUGUGCUGCACUGGCUUCUGUCUCAGGCCAUCUUCUAUGUCCAAAUCUAUAUGUAUGAUGCAGACAUGUAUCACGAACCAAGCCUUGACGUUGAUGCGUGCGCGUGGUCACCGAUUGCCCUCAUAUUCACUAUCAUCAUUGGGUCUUUGAUGAUCAUGGUGCUUUUGGGCUUAGCAAUGAGAUCUUUUCGCUCGGUUAUACCACUUGCUGGGAGUUGCAGUGCUGCAAUCAGCGCUGCUUGUCACCCACCGGAAGAUGAUGUGGAUGCGGCACUGAAGCCCAUCAUGUGGGGGGAGAUUCGUUCGAGUCAGCAUUCCUCCUCUAUAGACUCUUUUUCACCCCCUGCGGUGGCCGGGGAAGUUCAUAGAGAGACGAAUUUGCUGGAGAUGCAAGACAAAGGAAAAGUUAUGCAAGGUCUUCCACGCUGCACCUUUACAUCGAUGCGUGUGGAGCGACCUACACUUCUCCAGACAUACGAAUAG